CGAGAUCUCGCCAUGCCUGCUCUCCCGCCUCCUGCUAGCUAGCCUAGCCUAGCCAGCUGCGUGCGUGCGUGCGUGAUCGUUUCCUGCAUGCGAUAUCACCAACGCUUCGCUGGAAGAAGGCGUCGUCACAGACAGGGAUCGAAGAAUAAAAGUUGAUCGAUGGUAGAGAGCAAGAGCUAGCUAGGGUUUGGGAGCUGAGGCUAGGACCGAACGUACGUACGUGCUGCCAUUGUUCAUGACGCCGGCAAGGCGCGUGCCGCCGGCGGCGAUGAUCGGCCGGAAUGGCUUCGCGUUUGGGUCCUCGUCGGCGCUGUCUUUAAGCCAGGCUGACCUCCUAGACAGCCAUCAGCUGCAGCAAGCGUUCCAGCAGCAGCUCUUCGAUCAGAUCCCGACCACCACCACAGUGGACGAUAGCAGCGACAACCUCAUCCAUGGCCGCUCUGACACGCUGGUAGAUGAGUUCGAGAGCAAGUCCUGCAGCGAGAAUCCCGACGGAACCUCUGGUGACGAUGGCCUGGAGGAAGACCCCAAUCAGCGGCCGAACAAGAAGAAGCGAUACCACCGCCACACCCAGCACCAGAUCCAAGAGAUGGAGGCGUUCUUCAAGGAGUGCCCGCACCCGGACGACAAGCAGCGGAAGGAGCUGAGCCGGGAGCUCGGCCUCGAGCCGCUGCAGGUCAAGUUUUGGUUCCAGAACAAGCGCACACAGAUGAAGAACCAGCACGAGCGGCACGAGAACGCGCAGCUGCGCGCGGAGAACGACAAGCUGCGAGCCGAGAACAUGCGGUACAAGGAGGCGCUGGGCACGGCCUCGUGCCCCAGCUGCGGCGGCCCGGCUGCCCUCGGCGAGAUGUCCUUCGACGAGCACCACCUCCGCCUCGAGAACGCUCGCCUCCGUGACGAGAUCGACCGGAUCUCGGGCAUCGCCGCCAAGCACGUGGGAAAGCCCAUGGUGUCCUUCCCCGUGCUCUCCAGCCCGCUCGCCGCCGCCGCCGCCGCCGCCCGGUCCCCACUCGACCUCGCCGGCGCCUACGGCGUCCAGUCAGCUGCUGCGGGCCUCGGCGCCGACCACGUGCUGUUCGGCGCCGGUGCCGGCGAUCUGCUGAGGAGCGUGUCGGCCGGGCAGCUCGACGCGGACAAGCCCAUGAUCGUGGAGCUGGCCGUCGCGGCCAUGGACGAGCUCCUCCGGAUGGCGCGGCCUGACGCGCUGCUGUGGGGUGGCGGCGCGUCGGCAGGGGCGCAGCAGCAGCAGCUGGACGAGGAGGAGUACGUCCGGACGUUCCCCGCUGGGCUCGGGCCGAGGCAGUACGGGCUCCGUCCGGAGGCGUCUCGGGACAGCGCCGUCGUGAUCAUGACCUGCGACAGCCUCAUCGAGAUACUCAUGGACGCGAACCGAUUCGCGGCAGUGUUCUCGAGCAUCGUGUCGAGGGCUUCCACGCACGAGGUGCUGUCAACUGGUGUGGCAGGGAGCUACAAUGGUGCAUUACAAGUGAUGUCGAUGGAGUUUCAGGUGCCGUCGCCGCUGGUGCCGACGCGCGAGAGCUACUUCGUGAGGUACUGCAAGAACAACCCGGACGGGACAUGGGCCGUCGUCGACGUCUCGCUCGACAGCCUCCGCCCUAGCCCGGUCAUCAAAUGCCGGCGCAGGCCGUCAGGUUGCCUCAUCCAAGAGAUGCCCAAUGGCUACUCAAAGGUGACCUGGGUGGAGCAUGUUGAGGUCGACGACAGAUCAGUGCACAACCUCUACAGGCCUUUGGUCAAUUCAGGCCUCGCGUUUGGCGCGAAGAGGUGGGUUGGCACACUGGACCGGCAGUGCGAGCGGCUCGCCAGCGCCAUGGCCAGCAACAUCCCCAACGGCGACCUCGGUGUGAUCACAAGCAUAGAGGGGAGGAAGAGCAUGCUGAAGCUGGCGGAGAGGAUGGUGGCGAGCUUCUGCGGCGGCGUGACGGCGUCUGCGGCGCACCAGUGGACGACGCUGUCGGGAAGCGGCGCGGAGGACGUCCGUGUUAUGACCAGGAAGAGCGUGGACGACCCGGGCAGGCCGCCGGGCAUCGUCCUCAAUGCUGCCACCUCCUUCUGGCUGCCCGUCCCACCCAAGAGGGUCUUCGAUUUCCUCCGCGAUGAGACCUCUCGCAGCGAGUGGGACAUCCUCUCGAACGGUGGUGCUGUCCAAGAAAUGGCUCACAUUGCCAACGGCCGGGACCAUGGCAACUGUGUCUCCCUCCUUCGUGUCAAUAGUGCAAACUCGAACCAGAGCAACAUGCUGAUCCUCCAGGAGAGCUGCACCGACGCCUCGGGCUCGUACGUGGUGUACGCGCCGGUGGACGUGGUGGCGAUGAACGUGGUGCUCAACGGCGGCGACCCGGACUACGUGGCCCUGCUGCCGUCGGGCUUCGCCAUCCUCCCCGACGGACCACCGCCGGCCGGUGCGGCUCCGUCCCACGGAGAGGGCUUGGACACUGGCGGCGGCGGGUCCCUCCUGACGGUGGCGUUCCAGAUCUUGGUGGACUCCGUCCCCACCGCCAAGCUCUCCCUCGGCUCCGUAGCCACCGUGAACAGCCUCAUCGCCUGCACCGUCGAGCGCAUCAAGGCCGCCGUCUGUGCGGAAGCCGGCAACCCGCAGUAGCCAUCCAUGCGAUAUAGAGGAGGGAGAAGGGGGACAUGCAGCAAGGUUUUGUGGAAAUGUUAGUGGGGAGUCAAGAACGCACCUCAGACUCUCCUUGCCGUGUGGUGCUCAUACUGAAAGGAAAAAGAAGGCGUCACCACUAUGCAAGGGGGGAUGGUUCGGGUAUUGACUUCGCCGUCCAAUCAAACUACUACAGAAAGGACGUACGGGUGCUGUGGAGAAGAUGGAUCGAUGCUGUUUCUAGGGUUUACUUCCUCAUUGUUCGUGGUGCUGCCGUAGUUCAGGCUAAGGUGCCUGUGCCUGCUCGCAGUCGUAGCUAGAGAACACAGAGAUUUGUUGCCUCUGAUCUUUCCUUUUUGGAUUUGCAAAGAUUUGUAGAUCAGUCAUUUCGUAAACCGAUGCGCCUUGGCUAAAACGCGCCCGUUCGUUGUUGUUCGAUCGU